UCUUGAUGACAGCUUUGUGUUUUUAUCAAUUUUGUAAAGGUACCGGGUGCGGGUUUUUUGUAAUAUUAAUAAGAAUUCGUUAAUAAUUUGGCCUUUAGUAGUACAUUUUGAAAAAUAGAAAUGGUCGACACUGCAAGAUUAUCACGCUAUGUGUCCCCAGUAAACCCUGCAGUAUUCCCACAUUUAACGUUAGUUCUACUGGGCAUUGGGGUCUUUUUUACUGCCUGGUUUUUCGUAUACGAAGUCACUAGUACGAAAAAAACGAGAAGUUUAAAAAAGGAACUAUUGGUAGCUCUAGUUGCCUCGAUUUUUUCAGGAUUUGGAGUAUUAUUUCUUCUAUUGUCUGUAGGAAUAUACGUGUAACUAAUAGGAAAAUAAGAAAAAAAUUGCAUGAAAGUGCGUACCUCUAAAAGACUUUUCACUUCAAAAUGAAAUCAUUUCACUUAAAAAAUUGUUAAACGUUUAUAAUUUACUCUUUUAUGAAGUUUUUAAUAUAUAAAUAUAUAUAAAUUUAGGUUCGU